GCAGGAAACUGUAGAAGUCGGGUCUUUUGCAACACACCCAAUAGAAUUUAUUUGAUCAGUGAAAUUUGUGGGGUAAUAGUGCCUUGAAGAAAAUCAUUCCAGCUCCAUCCAGAUCAAUCUUAGCUUUGUUAGGGCUACUUUUUAUUUGAAUGAAACCAGUGGCAGUAAAGACAGUCUUUUUUAAAUUGAUUAGGAUUUAGGUUUCUAUAAUUAAGCACUUACUCCAAAGAAAUCCAAGUUUGGUUACAAGACUGACAUCUAGCACUUUUCGCUUUCUUUAUUAACAAAUUAACUUGGAUUUUAAUCAUGAAGAUACAAGGAUUCAAAUAAGAGCUUUUAGCAAAAACAUUUUGAAAUGCAUGCUAUGAAACCUGUUUUGUUUCUAAGCUAGGUGGGAAGUUAAGAAAUUGAUUGAUUGUAAUUAUCAAAGAGUAACUAAGAGUCCAGUCAACUCUCUGGGUUUCCCUGGGACACCCCUGACUUUGCUUGCUUUCUCCCAGCCUCCUGGUUUUUAAAGUUUUUUUGUUCCUGCUCUUCCCUAUCAUUAAGCAGAGGUAUAUAUUAUAACAAAAAUGACGGCAAUGACUUAUUUUGUGACACCAUUUUUGUUAAUGUUUACCAAAUGACAUAGAUGCUAGAAACCAUUAUGAAGAGGUUCCCCAGGAUGAUAGUUUUUUCUAUUAACUUUUGUCCAGCAAGACUUUUUACAGGUAUGUUGUUUAUAAAUUCAACAACUUGCUGGGAUCUCCCUGUUUUUGAACAAAUCUUCCUGCUUUUCUUAAGAGAAAUCUAAAAUGUCCAUGUUUUGACAAUUUUAAUGUUUUUUAGCAUCAAAAAGGGAACAAUAAUACUAAAAACACUCUUUGCCUUAAAGCCAACAAAAAAACUUUCGAACGAUGUGUUGGAUAAGUUCCUUCCCACUGAACUGACAAAAAAUGAUUCUUGAUUUUAGUAUUAAUUCUUGUUAAAAUUAUCUUUAUCUGAAAAAUUGAUAAAUGGAUAUUUAAUGAUUUAUUUUAGCUCCAACAAGAGAAACUAAACAGUGAGAGCCAUUUAUUUAGUUGCACAAAAACCCUUCAAUUUUCAUUAAUUAAUUUUCAUGCUCUUCCUUGAACAAAUAGUUAUGCAUAAAAGAAAUGUUAUCGUAAAAGGUCAUUCUUUUUCUACAAAUAGUGGGCAUAUUUUUGGAAAAUGUGUGUAAUUUUCAGGAAAAUUAAUACGAAGUUCUUGUUAUCGGUUGACAAGAGCGUAUGUAUAAAACGCCCUUUUUAUGUACGAAGAAUGAGUACAUGAAGGGGGGAUUUUGCUCAGCUCGAUGGGCAUCCAUAUAUAUAUAUAUAUUUUCUGUAGCCUUGGUUCCUGGUUCCAAUGUACAGGGGGUUGCAACUUCCACAGGGAGUUGACAUUUUGACAUCUCUAUGCAUUUUGCUUUGCAACAACAACAACAACCAGUCUGUUGCCGCAAAAUGGAGAUAUGUUUGAACUUUAGGCAAGGAUCCUCUCGAGAAUAAGGGUUGCAAUGUGGCAAUUGCUGAGAAAAGAUGCCUGGUCAGUGGUCAGACGCAGGUUGGUAGUUGGAACUGAACAAACCGCUUGCAGUAGAUCUACAGUUUUCAAGCGGUGCCUCGUAACCUAUGUGCAAGGACAGUCUCCUCGCAAAGGUGUCCGAGAAUACUUUUACUACAUCGAUCACCAAGGUCAGCUAUUCCUAGAUGACACGAAAGUGAAAAAUUUCAUCACUUGCUUCAAAGAUAAACAGUUUCUUGCUUUCUUUUUCACAAGAUUAAAAAUAAACAAGACUGGAGUUUUUGAAAAAGAUUUUCCAUAUGUUUCACCUUGUGGCAAAGAGAUGAAUUACAUCCACUGUGAUGACCAUCCAAUUGUAUUUAGUAACUUUAUUCUACCUGAAGACCAAAGUGGGCAGCAAGACCAGUGGCUUUUAACAUACAAUGGCAUUGGACCAAAAGUGAAAUUUGAAUUUCAGCCUAAAAAGCUCUGCAUGUUGCCGAGUGGGCGAAUCUAUCACCCAGGUCCUGAAAAAGCUGGUGGUGUUGGAUUAGUGAAGUCUAGCCUUGCCAUUGAAUUGAGCCAAAACUUUGUACAUAAAAAUGGCAACUCUGAGCAUGACCCACCAACCCAUUUUGUUUGGAAUAAUGUUGAGCAUGAGCUAGAUAAUGAAUUGUGGGAAUUUUUGCAAGGGCACGGUCUUUAGAAAAAUUGUGUAUAAUUGCAUUGCAUGAUCAUUCAAAUCGCUGGAGGAAAAAUUCUGAAUUUUUUCCAAAUUUUUCAUAUAUUCUUCAGAAAGACUCGUAAGUAAAUGCAAGUAAAUUUUCAUUUCUCUCACACGUUUUUGCAGACAUAUUUGAGUAAGUAUUUUGAAGAAAUAUAUUUAAAUAUGUAAAUGAAUGAUUUUAUUGAAUUUGCUCAAAAAGUCUCGGUCCCAAUCCAUUUUGGUAUUUAAACAACUCAACUAGGCAUCUCUUAUUUCUUGCAUGAAGUACAGCUUGCAGUUUCUCUCUUGGCCUCUCUCUUGAUGAUGGCUAAAGCUCUAUUGCAGAUUCUUUCAUAUUGUUAUGUAUACAUAUUUAACAUAUCAAGUAUGGUAUAUCUGUAUUACAACAUCUAUGGUAGAAUCAUAACUUCAUAGAUCGUUUCUGCUACCCAUAGGCUAAUGUUAUGUUAUAUACAAGCCAGCAGUUUUGCUCUCGAGAAGUCUUUUAUGUAGGUCUGUGCAAGAUGCUGCUUCAUGGUCAACUUUUGUCCAACCCUAUAUAUUUGUACCAGUCCGUUUCACUAAUCACCUGAUUGUUCAACAAAAUGCUUACUUUUGUAGUGAUAGCAUCUAAGCCUUUGUUCACAUUUUUUUGUUCCUGUCGUGUUUUCAUGCUACGCUUUGCUGCUUGUAUAUGCUGCUGUAUUUAUUUAGGAAAGAUAAUAACACGA